AUGGAAGGGAAAUCGCAAUCGGCACACCUACAGUGUUGCAAGAUACCAAAGAGCAUUGGCAGUUGCAGUCUCAGCGAUAUGGGCCUCUCUGAACAUGUUUCAAUCCUGCGUCGAGGCAGAAGGAAGACGAGACUGCUGGCAUCUAUGGGGCUGCAGUUGAGAGACAUCCAGGUGUUGUUUCUGGUACUGAUGGUUGUGAUUGAACCGUUUCUUCGCUGUGCCGCUGUUGCUGCUGCUGGUGGAAUGGUCCCCCGAACGAGAAUGGCCACGCCUGCAGCCGACGAGGAUCCCUCGGUGACACUCACGAACUGCUUUCCCAGCGUAAUACUCAGUCCUUCCAACAUCCCAUACACCUGUGAAGUUAACAAUGACCAACCACUGAUUGGCUUGAACCUCUCCGCCUCGUACUACAUUUCAGUCCUCAUCCCUGGCUGGCCGGCGACUCUUGAUGCGGGAACCAAUACCAUUACAUUCAUGCCUAUUUGGGGGGCGCCUUCGGGACGUUGGGAAUUGGUAUUCACGGGGCGUUCUGACAAUGUAGGCUUUUCCACUCCUCGGACGACGAAUAAGAGCAUGGACUUCAUGUUGAUUGAAGAGACCAAUGCGGAUUUUGCUACACUCUGUCCGUAUUACGGUAUGGUCGUCUCGUGGGCACCCAAUCUUCCGAGAGGCACCAUUGCUUCCGACUACAUGCUGGUCCGCUCUUUCGAUGACUGCCAGUACACCACAACAACCUGCACUGACUCUGUUGGGUGCUACAGAAUGCUGCCACCCGGAAAGCUUCCCCCUCCAGGCGAAUACAGGCUCUGUGUGACGUCAAAUGACUGGCAUGACCAAUACCUUCCAUGGG